UUCCACACACACAAAAAGAAAAGAACAUGAAGACAUUGUUGUUGUACAUUCUUCUUGUCUUGUUCCUUGUCUGCAACUGCGAAGCAGCAGACUCCAUAUGGGAACUCUGCAACAAAGAUUCGAACUUUACAAGAAACAGUCGAGUUUCCAUGAACAUCGAUUCACUUCUCGUUACAUUGGUCUCUGAAACUCCUUCAAAGGGUUUCUUCACCGUCUCUUCCUCCGGUCAGAACCAAGACAAAGUCUACGGUCUCGCGCAAUGCCGCGGAGAUAUCAGCAGGACAGACUGCUCGAGUUGCGUACAAGACGCCGCCAGGAAGAUCCGAGAAAGCUGUCCGAACCAAUCAGAUUCGAGGAUUCUCUACGAUUUCUGUUUCUUGAGGUACAGCAAAGAGAAUUUCGUCGGAAAACUCGACGCGGGUGCCGGUCUUAUAUACUACAACGUCGCUAACGUGACUGAAACCGACCCCGAAACGUUCGACAAAGUGCUUGCAACUUUGUUCGACCGAGUCCGGGCCGAGGCUGUCUCGGCCGGGAGCAAAGGUUUAGGCAAAGACAAAACCGAUCUGACGCCAUUCGUGACGCUGUACGGACUGGUUCAGUGUACGAGAGAUCUGUCGGAACUGGACUGCGCUCAGUGCUUCGCGAUCGCUGUGAGGAACUUCAUGUACGCCUGCCACGGCAAGAAGGGGUGUAGGGUUUUGUACAGCAGCUGCUACGUUCGAUACGAGUUUUACCCUUUUUACUUCCCUCUCGAUUCGGCUAAAGCCGCCGCCAGUGCGGGUUCUACCCAUUCGGUUCAGCUCUAUCCUUAGUUUUUUUUUUGGGGGUGAAGAAACCAUAGUCUCAUGUUGCUUGGGUUUGGACUUUGGAGAGGACAAGAAUAAGUUUCUUACAAGAUCUAUCUCUGUACAAUUGUUGGGAAACAGUUUCCUUUUUUAUUUCUUCAUGUCUGGUUUGGAUUUCGCAUGUGUGAUUUGAUGCAAGGCUAUAUAUAUACACAUAUGUUGGAUAAAAAUAAAGAAUAAAAUGGAAACAACAUCAUACUUGUC